GACCACUUUCCACGGCGAUUUGAGGGCAGCACCUCACGCUUUUCCCCCGCUGGGGUGUGCCACUGACUACUAGCACCGGAGAGGUGGUGGUGGGGGGUAUCUACCCCCUCCCUCCACUACCCGCUUCCAUCCCUCUCGCGUUUCUCGCUCAUUCUUCCUCAUUUGUCACUCCUACGCAUAGUCGCAGAGAAGCAACAGCUAUCCGGAAUGUGGAAUGAAUCGGAGUGAGCUAACUCAGUUCUUAGUUCUCCAGUAAACUGUUAAACGUGCUAUUGGGCUUCAGUUGCGACAAAUAUGGCAAAACAGACUACCGAUGCAUUUGCCGUUUUCUCGGAUGAAAAAUCUAACAGAAUUGGGCUGCCGGUCGGGAUCUGAAAAGAAUUGAACGGGUCGCUCUAUCCGACACAGAUUGGAAAUAGACGUGUUUUUAAUCGUUGUGUUCGACUGAGGUUUGGGCAUUGCUUCUCCGCCAGUCCACAUUGUUUCGAGGUUUUAUUCCGACGGUCAAGUAGCCUAUAGCCCAUUCAUGUUGCAAAACCUCGGUUUAUGACAAUGGAUUACUUGCUGUUUAUAUGCAGCUUAUUGCUCCCGGUGGUGUUCGGUGUUGAAGAAACUCUCAUGGACAGCAAGUGGGCUACCACAGAGCUCGCCUGGACCACCUAUCCAGAAAGUGGGUGGGAAGAGGUGAGCGGCUACGACGACAACAUGAACCCCAUCCGGACGUACCAGGUGUGCAACGUGAAGGAGCCCAACCAGAACAACUGGCUGCGCUCCGACUUCAUCCCGCGCAAGGGCGUGCUCCGCGUCUACGUGGAGCUCAAGUUCUCGGUGCGCGACUGCGCCAGCAUCCCCAACAUCCCCGGGUCGUGCAAGGAGACGUUCAACCUGUUCUACUACGAGUCGGACCGGGACAGCGCCACCGAGUCCAGCCCAGCCUGGCGGGAGAACCCCUACGUGAAGGUGGACACCAUCGCGCCGGACGAGAGCUUCUCCCUGCUGGUGUCGGGCCGCGUCAACACCAAGGUGCGCAGCUUCGGGCCGCUCUCCAAGGAGGGCUUUUACCUGGCCUUCCAGGACCUGGGCGCUUGCAUGUCACUCAUCUCCGCCCGCGUCUUCUUCAAGAAGUGCUCCACCACCAUCGCCAGCUUCGCCGUCUUCCCCGAGACGGCCACGGGCGCCGAGGCCACCUCGCUGGUCAUCGCCUCUGGCGCCUGCGUGCCCAACGCCGCCGAGGUGUCCGUCCCCCUCAAACUCUACUGCAACGGGGACGGAGAGUGGAUGGUUCCCGUGGGCUCCUGCACCUGCAUGGCGGGCUUUGAGCCAGCCAUGAAAGACACGCAAUGCCAAGCGUGCCCUCCUGGCACCUUCAAGUCGGAGCAGGGCCAGGGUUUCUGCUCGCCCUGUCCACCCAACAGCAGGACCAGUGCCAGGGCCUCCAACCUCUGCCCGUGUCAAAAUGGCUACUACCGGGCUGACUCUGAUUCGCCGGACGCUCCGUGCACCACCGUGCCCUCCGCCCCACGGAACGUCAUCUCCAGUGUCAACGAGACGUCCGUGUCGUUGGAGUGGGCAGAGCCGCGGGACCUGGGCGGCCGGCGCGACGUGGUCUACAACGUGGUCUGCAAGAAGUGCCUGCACAGCGGCGGCGCCUGCUCACGCUGCGACAGCAACGUGGACGUGUCGCCACGGCGCCUGGGCCUGGCCGAGCGCUGGGCGGCCUUGAGGAACCUGCAGGCGCACACGCGCUACAGUUUUGAGAUCCAGGCCGUUAAUGGUGUCUCAGCCAAGAGCCCUGCCACCCCCAACUACGCCACCGUCAACAUCACCACCAACCAAGCAGCUCCGUCGGCCGUCCCCACUGUGCUACUGAUGAGGGCCACGGCUGGAACCAUGAGUCUCUCCUGGCUGCCGCCUGAACAGCCCAACGGAGUCAUCCUGGAUUAUGAGAUUAAAUACCACGAGAAGGGUGAGGCAUUUUCCCACACAGUGACUGCCCAACACAGCUCUGCCCGGGUGGAGGGCCUGAAGGCGGGCACCGCCUACAUGGUGCAGGUCCGCGCUCGCACCGUAGCUGGAUACGGACGCUACAGCUUCGCGGUGGAGUUCAGUACCAACGAACACAGUGACCCAGAAAGGUCUGUGCAAGAUCAGCUGCCACUCAUCGUGGGCUCUGCCACAGCAGGGUUUGUUGUCAUUAUCGCCCUGGUUGUCAUCGCCGUCGUCUGCCUCAGGAAGCAGCGCACAGGCUCGGAACUGGAGUACACAGAGAAGCUGCAGCAGUAUGUCACCCCCGGUGUGAAAGUCUACAUCGACCCCUUCACAUACGAGGACCCUAAUGAGGCCGUCCACGAGUUUGCCAGAGAGAUCGACAUCUCCUGCGUGAAGAUCGAGGAAGUGAUUGGAGCAGGGGAGUUCGGCGAGGUGUGCCGGGGUCGCCUGAAGCAGCCGGGCCGCAAGGAGGCGGCCGUGGCCAUCAAGACGCUGAAGGCAGGCUACACCGAGCGCCAGCGCAGGGACUUCCUGGCUGAGGCGAGCAUCAUGGGACAGUUCGACCACCCCAACGUCAUCCACCUGGAGGGCGUGCUGACCCGCAGCUGCCCCGUGCUCAUUGUCACGGAGUUCAUGGAGAAUGGAGCGCUGGACUCCUUCCUCAGGAUGAAUGAUGGGCGGUUCACCGUGACUCAGCUGGUGGGGAUGCUGCGUGGCAUCGCCUCGGGGAUGAAGUACCUCUCCGAGAUGAACUACGUCCACCGCGACCUGGCCGCCCGCAAUGUCCUGGUCAACAGCAACCUGGUCUGCAAGGUGUCCGACUUCGGCCUGUCCCGUUUCCUGGAUGACAACUCCGCCGACCCCACCUACACCAGCUCCCUGGGGGGAAAGAUCCCGAUCCGCUGGACUGCCCCCGAGGCCAUCGCCUUUCGCAAGUUCACCACGGCCAGCGAUGUGUGGAGCUACGGCAUAGUGAUGUGGGAGGUGAUGUCAUUUGGAGAGAGGCCUUACUGGGACAUGAGCAACCAAGAUGUGAUGAAUGCGGUGGAGCAGGACUACCGGCUGCCCCCGCCCAUGGACUGCCCCACAGUGCUGCACCAGCUCAUGCUGGAGUGCUGGCUCAAGGAGCGGAACCAGAGGCCCAAGUUUGCCCAGAUCGUCAGCACGCUCGACAAGCUGCUCCGCAAUGCCGCCAGCCUUAAGGUGGUGACCAGCUCACACUCAGGGGAUCUCCUGCAGGUCGGCGGGACGCUGCCGGGCCAUCAGAGGAAGAGCCUAACAUUAGGUGGCACGCAAGACAUGCGGCAGCAGAUGAGCCAAACACUUCCUAUCCGUGUCUGAAGGAGAGAGUGAGAGAGAGAGAGAGACAUACAGACAGACAGACAGACAGACAGAGAUGAGGAGGAGGCAAAGACGAGAGGAGUCCCAGAAAACAAAUGUAUAUCACCGACACCAAGACUAAGGAGAGAACCUCUUCCCUGUCAACAAAGGAGCACCAAAUCAACCCCCUUCAUCCCAACCCACCCUCAGACUCCUUGGAGUGCUGUAUCCCAGCAGCAGCAGUACACCAGACAUGGAGGCCCUGUCUUUUACAGCCCGCUCUGGGCCAUGAGUGGACUACACAAGAAGGACCAUCUUCCAGACCACCUGCAGUGAGACUUUCCUUUUUUAAAAGAAUGGGGAAAAAACAGAACAUAAAGAGACAAAGCUACUUCAGUGUACAGAGAGCCAUCAUUUGAUUCUCCAUAGAGACAUGUACAGUGGAUUUGUGGUCAGUGGAGAACUGGACACUUUGCAGUGGAUUGGCAGCACAGUGAGGAAAGCCUGUGAAAGGCAGGCGGAUCCUUAGCUAAGUCUGUCUCACAGUGCCCACAGGCCAUUAUUUUUCACUCCUCUUCCUUCUCCAACCUUUUGCACUGAAUUGCCAUGAUGCGGAUGUAAAAAAAAAAAGAACAAAAAAACUUCAUUUCAAAUUUGUUCUCAGGUUCUGUUUGCAUGCCUGCAUGAAGUUGUUUUUUUUUACUUUUCACUCUUGGCAUCCACUACCUUCCUCACAUUCACUCUUCUUCCCAGACUCAGCUUUCCUCUCAGACUGGAACUCUGAGGUGAGGGAUGACCAUAGACUUUGUGAAAAAGAAAAAAAAAAUGAAAUUAAACCCGAAUAAGAACUUAAUGGAAAAAUGUUACAAGAUCAAUCGCGUAGAGAUCGUUUGGAGAAUUGCAGCCAGAACCUGGGACAUCUUACACAAUUUUUUUCUCUCUCUCAAUCUGGUCUUCAUAUUGAAGAAGAGACAGAUAAAAGCAAUUGAGAGUUGGAAUCAAUGAAGCUACAAAGAGGAGGCUGAGCUGUAUUUCAGCUCAAGCAACAUGUAAAUGAAACUGGUGGACCCUUUAAUAGGGAGAGAUGAUUUGAAGUGACUGCCAUAAUUGCUGAUAAUCUUUUUUGUUUUGUCUACUAGUGUUCUGCUUUGUCUUCCAUGUUACUUGGAGAUUAUUCUUCAUGGAUGGCAUUGGACUGUGACCUAUGACUAAAUGAUCCUAAGGCCUGAUAAUAAGUGUAAUUAGAAUUGUGUGUGGAUGUGUGUGUGUGUGUGUGUGUGUGUGUGUGUGUGUGUGUGUGUAUGUGUGCGUGUGUGUGUGUGUGUGUGUGCAUGGGUGGGUGUUGAAGGGCUGUGUUUGUGUACACGUAUGUUGGGAAGGGGGCUUGUUUGUCUGUGUAUGUGUGUGUGUUAGGGGGGUACAUGUUUGUGUGGGUAUGUGUGUGAUCGAGUGAAUAAUUAUGUGGGUAUGCGAUACAGGUUCAUAUGCAUGCCAGGCUGGAGGUUUUGUGAUCGAAUCCCAUCUGUGAAGCGUGUUAAUGCUUUGAUAGCUGUUGUUUAAUGGAAAUUACCUUUCAGUAUUUUAUUUUAUUCUAUUAAAAUAUGCAUCAUUCGUAAAGGUAAAUAAUUAAAACAAUAAAAACUCUGGAAAAUAUACAAAAAACAUUCUGUGUAACUACAUGAAAAAGAGUGAAUGGCAAAGCCGUGGCAGCUACAAAGUCAUGCCACUGUGAACAGGCCAGGAAUUCCUCGGCUGAUCUGAAUGACACAUGUCAUGUAUGACACAUGUCAUGUAAGAUGAAGUGAUGGUAUGGAACAUAAUCCCUCCAAAAUCAUGGCGGUAAUUCAUUUUCUCAACACGUGGAAUCGCUGGAGAUUUGCUGCCACAGUGUGCGCAAGGCGGUCGGUCGGAUCGGCUCUGCUGUGCGCUGCGUUCCGCCCCUCUCCUCUCUGAUUUCCCCAGCCGCUUGGCCCCAAAGCUCAAAGCCUUCGUUCAUGAUGCUGUACAAAAGCAGGUUUUGAGCCCCCCCCCCCCCAAUUACAUUGGUCCUGCGCAAGCCUGCAGAUCAGGGAGAACAGCCUGCCGGUGGAAUCAGUCUCAUCGGGGUCUGUCUGGACUGCCGCAUGAGAUGCUGAGAUUCGCCCUCUUGGUUGUUGAACCACUUCUCUCCAUCUGCCACCAACAUGGCAAAACCAGACAAACAAUAUGUUACCAUGAGGA